GGUGCUAUAAUCUGAGGUCCUGAGUGACAAGCAAUGGACCCUCUUAAGUGACGUCACGUUUCCCUAGCCCAAGGUUUUUAAAAUCAGCUGUUUCUACCGAGAGAGUUCGAAAUAAUAAUUUAAAUAUCAAUUAAUUGGUUAAGACGGAACACCAGUCGUUUAACACAACUUUUGAACGUCAUGAAAAUGACAGAUUUUGGUGAGGGUUCUCCCAUUUACUUCCAUGCUGGUGCUGUUGUCUAGAGGCCUGUCAUCACCAUCACCAUGGACAAGAUCCUGGAGGCACUGGUGACCUCCUCGCACCCACUGCCAGUCAAGCGGGCCAUCGUGCGUAAGGUGGUGGAAGCGGCAGAGAAAGAGGUGACGGAGGAGCAGUGCCAGGCACUCUAUGCCCUUACCACACGCCUCAUCCUGCUUGGCGAGGAUGCCUUCCAGAGACAGACAGGGCAGCAGGUGCAGGAGGCAUACGCACGCUACCACCGCAACGAGUUUGCACACUUUGUCAGCAAAGACUUCGUCCUUGGCCUCUUUCAGCAGGGCUACGGCCCCCUGGACCGGCGCGACCCGGUACUGUUCGACUUCCUCCACGGCUGCCUGCGUUUGCUCAUCAGCUGUCCGGCUGUGCUGGAGGUGGCGGCGGCGCUCCAGACCGAAGUCCUGCGUGUUGUCUGUGAGCGUCCCACGCCUGCGCUCUGUGCCCGUCUGGCUGUGCUGCUCGCCGACUUCCCACAGUGUGUGCCACGCGAGAAGGGCCAGGGGGCACUGUUCUGCCAGCAGCUGGUGCGCACCAUGAGCUACUUCCAGUGUGCAGCCCACCAGGAGAAGGAGCUGAGAGAGUAUGUGUCCCAGGUGAACCGCGUCAGCGCGCUGCUGCAGGGCAUCUGGAAGGCGGAGCCGGCGGCCCUUCUGCCCUCCCUGCAGGAAGUGUUCGCCAUCAUCUCCUCCACAGACCCGGCGUUUGAGCCGUCCAUCUCGCUGGCCAGCCUGGUGCAGCACAUCCCCCUGCAGAUGAUCACCGUGCUCAUUAAGAGCCUCACCACCGACCACAACGUCAAAGAUGCCAGCAUGACCAAGGCCCUCUGCAGGAUGAUCGACUGGUUGUCUUGGCCCCUUGCUAACCAUGUGGACACCUGGGUCAUUGCUCUACUGAAGGGACUGGCGUCAGUGCAGAAGUUCACCAUCCUAAUAGAUGUCACCUUGCUCAAAAUUGAACUGGUGUACAAUCGUCUGUGGUACCCCAUCGUGCGGCAGGGGGCUCUGGUGGUUUUGUCCCACAUGCUGCUGAGUUUCCAGCACUCCCCAGAGGCUUUCCACCUGGUUGUGCCCCAUGUUGUCCAGUUGGUUCAGAGCCUGCAAAGAGAUGGCCUACCCACUAGUAAGGCCUUCCUUUUGCAGUUCACGGAGCUCAUCCACUGCAUGAUGUACCAGUAUUCUGGCUUCCCAGACCUCUACGACAGCAUCCUGGAGGUCAUCAAAGAUCUGCCUAAGCCUAGCGAGGAGAAGAUCAAGCUGAUCCUGAACCAAAGUGCCUGGACAUCCCAGUCUAACCUGUUUGCCCCAGGCCUGAUGCAGCUGGCUGCGAAGUCGGAGACGGGGAAGACGGGCCUGGUGAACCUGGGAAAUACCUGCUACAUGAACAGCGUCAUCCAGACUCUCUUCAUGGCCACCGAUUUCAGACGGCAUGUUUUGUCGCUGCAACUGAAUGGCAGCAAUACUCUGAUGAAGAAACUGCAGCUCCUGUUUGCCUUUCUGACCCACACACAGAGAGCCGCGUACGCACCCAGGAAUUUCUUUGAGGCCACGCGCCCUCCCUGGUUCACGGUCGGCUCCCAGCAGGACUGCUCAGAGUACCUGCGCUUCCUGUUAGACCGGUUGCAUGAGGAAGAGUUGGCACUUCGAGCCCUGACGGAGGCUAAACCAAAGGCCAGUGAGGCCUCCACAGCUGACGAGUCCACCACCUCUACUCAAGACCCCGGUGCUGCCCAUGUCCCCCAAGACGCCCAUGUCCCCCAAGACACCCCUGACAACACUUUGGCGAACAGUGGGCAGACCCUGGUGGAGCGCAUGUUCGGCGGCCGCCUGUCCACUGGCAUCCGCUGCCUGCGCUGCCACAGCGUGUCCGAAAAGGAGGAGCCCUUCACUGACCUCCCGCUGGCCUUCUGCCCCCCUCAGGCCCAGCACAGCCCGCCACGUGGUGCCGUCAACGGGGGCGGCGAGAGCGCGCAGGUCGAAAUGGGCCCCGUCACGCGAGACGGGGUCGGACCUGGUGCCGAGCGGCAAAGCCCCCCGCCACCUCAGGCGCGAAGUGGGCCGCCGCUGGCGCUGCCAGACCUGGUGGACUACAUGCUGGCACCGGAGAUCCUGGAGGAGGAGAACCGGUACUUCUGUGAGCGGUGCGGUUCGCUGCAGCGGGCGGAGCGGGGCGUGCGCGUGGUGGCGGCGCCCGAGUACCUCAUCCUUACGCUUCUGCGCUUCUCCUACGACGCCGCUCGCCAGCUGCGUCGCAAGAUCCUGGACGACGUGCGUGUCCCACUGCGCAUGCACCUGCCCGUCCACCAGACACAGCCAACGCACCAGCAGGAGGCGGCACAAUCACUAUCACCUGACAGCGGCGAGAACCAGGCCAAGAAGCUCAAGCCUUCGCAGAGAGAGGAGGACCUCGACGAGAGGGAAGAGACCGGAGGAGUGAAGCAGACGAGCGCGAGCACGAACGGAGGAGGACCCGUGACUGACGGACUUAGAGAAGGCGGCGAGAGCAGAACUGAGGUCCGGACUAUGUCGUAUGUUCUGACUUCGGUUGUGAUGCAUUCUGGGAUGUCGUCCGAGAGUGGGCACUACUACACGUAUGGGAGAAACAUGAGCGCUGUUGAUUACGAGGAUAAUUCCGCCCCCACAGCCUCAUCUAAUUUCCUCCCGCCAUCCAAUGGAGAACAGGAAGGGCUUGGCACCUCCAGCCAAUCAGAACUGCCCUCGGGCAGCUGUGAGGCAGAAGGGUCACACGACCAAUCAUCCAGUGAUUGGACUCUGUUUAAUGACAGCAGGGUGACCUUCACAACCUUUCAUUCGGUGCAGAAUGUUACCAGCCGUUUCCCAAAGGACACGGCCUACGUGCUCAUCUACAGGAGGCAGGGCUCCGGUGGGGCGUGUGGGGGCGGGGGGGUCCACACUAACGGCCUGAGGCUCGGGGUGGAACCCCCACUCCAGAAAGAGCUCAUGGACGCCAUCACCAAAGACAACAAACUCUACCUGCAGGAGCAGGAGCUGAAUGCGCGCACCCGGGCCCUGCAGGCCGCCUCGGCCUCCUGCUCGUUCCGCCCCAACGGCUCAGACGACAAUGAGCCCCCUGGUAGCUGUGGCCCGUCCGGCGGAGGAGGAGGAGGCGGUGGAGGAGGCGGGGGCUUCAACACCGUUAGCAGGCUGGUGUUCUAAGGAACCAUGACCGGACGUUCAUACACUGUAUACACACACACACACACACACACACACACACACAAAUUAGCUAGGACACACUGUACUGAAAUUACUGAAAAUACUUUCACACCCACUACACUGGACACAAUAUUAUUUUUUGGUUUCUUUCUUAACAGUUGGUUAAAUAACCCCUGACCUCAAACUUGGGUGCCAUGAUGGGUGCCAUGACAGACACCCUCCCUCUCACCCUCUGAACCUCCCAUUUCUCUGGUGUGCAUGCAUUUCGCUUUCAUUUUUUGCUCUUUCAGGAAAGGCUCAAAUGAAUUAAAUGCAAAGUGACACCUA